AUGGUGGCGGUGGGUAUCCUUGCCACCGUCACCGUCGUUAUCGCACGAGAGAAAGAGAGCCCGCGCUCGAGAGAGAAAAGGAAAUGCUGUCUGCGUUGCUGCCUCCAUCGCGACCGAUCCGCCGCCGCUACUGCUAGGGGUGUUACACUUCUCAAUGGAAAUGCCGAGAUUUUCGGCACUGAGCUUGCACCCGAAAUUUGGCUCAACUUCCCUCCCCGACUCAAAUUCGCUGUUUUUACUUGGUAUGGUGCUACCAUUGAAAUGGAAGGUACUACUGAAACUGAUUAUACUGCUGAUGAGACACCAAUGGUUAGCUAUGUUAACGUGCACGCUAUAUUAGAAGCCAGAAGAACUCGUGCUAAAGCUUCAUCCUCUGGUGAUUCUGAAUCUUCUCAGGGGCCUAGAGUGAUUGUUGUAGGACCUACUGACUUCGGAAAGAGUACCUUGUCGAGGAUGCUUCUUAGCUGGGCGGCUAAGCAGGGUUCAAAGCCUACCUUCGUUGACUUGGAUAUUGGACAGGGAUCUAUAACAAUUCCUGGAUGCAUUGUUGCUACUCCAAUUGAAAUGCCCAUUGACCCUGUUGAAGGAAUUACUCUUGAGAUUCCUCUUGUUUACUUUUUUGGCCAUACAACUCCAAGUAACAAUGUAGAAUUGUAUAAAGUGCUAGUCAAGGAACUUGGGGGGAUGCUAGAGAGACAAUUUGCUGGAAAUACCGAAUCUCGUGCUUCGGGCAUAGUGAUAAAUACCAUGGGGUGGAUAGAGGGAGUAGGCUAUGAUUUGCUAUUGCAUGCAAUUCGUACACUUAAGGCCAAUGUUGUCUUAGUUUUGGGUCAGGUAGAAAUCUACCUUAUCUUUAUCCAAUAGGCAUCAUAGUGCCUUC